UCGACUGAUCAUGGCGCCCUCAAGAGCAUUAACAUUACAGCGCAUGGCUGCUGCUGGGGUCCUGGUGCAUGCAGCGUCGCGCAGAUCAUACAUGGUCACGGCCAGUAGGCUGUAUGCCGACCAGUCGAGACUUCCUACCGUGGCCAGCCCGUCAUUCUGGACAUCGCUGAUCCCCCGUUUCCUGCGGAAGCCAACAACAGAGGCAGAGGCAGCGGCGCGCGCAACGAGACGGGAUACUGUCGCAGAGGAGAAGCGAACAGGACUUAUUUUCUUGCUGCUUGGCAUCCUCGUUGGUUCCAAUGCGAUCAACAUUAUCGGCCUGAAGCGCGAGAUGCUGAACUUCUCACGCCAGACCGACGCCAAAUUAGAACUGCUCCGUGAGGUGGUAGAACGGGUGAAAAGAGGCGAAGACGUGAACGUGAAGAAAGCGCUCGGCACAGGAGAUCCGGAGCAGGAAAGAGAGUGGGAGGAGGUGAUUCAGGAGCUGGAAAGAACCGACAUGCUCUGGCAAAACCGAAAGAAACGAGAUGCGAAGCGUGCAGAGAAAGCUGAGCAGGCGCAAUCAAGAGAGGAAGAGCGAGAACACAGCAACCAAACAGCACAGGACAAAAAUGCAAAGUCGAGUCCCAAAUUCCUGAUGUGAGUGGAACACGGUAGAUGGGAAUUCGCACAAACGCCUGUUGGCUAUAUUCUCUGUGGUGGGCUGGAUGCACUGGAUCUUUCGAGGAGUCUCGAGCCGUCACGCGGCCGUUUCGAGACUAUUGCAAGACCUCUGUCGCUGCUCCGGCCUUUGUCAGACAACUACUGACGAUCGUUCCGCUGAGAGCUGUACCGCGUGCAUCAACAAUCAUUCAAAUUCUCAAUAUGGAUACCUUCGACUCUGCCCGCUCUCCGAAAGAUGAGCCUACGCUGUGUGACCAGUACAUGUACUGCACAUGUUGACUAUGGUCACAAAGCCACGAUUACGAUGUCCACCACCGCUGCUUGCAGACGCUGUGAGCAGAGGCUCAGUUGGUCAUCCAGAGUCAAAGCGAUGAUGCAUAGGAUCCGGUGAAAAUUGCUCAUGCGAGAGCCGAAAUGUUUCGACCUUGACCUUUGAACGCAGUGCCGGCCUCCAAACUGUCCUGUCAAGGCCCUGAUCACUCGGUCGAACUUCAAGCUAGGGACCGCAUUCGGGCUCCUUGCAGACAUGAAUCAGACCGGCCAUUCAGUGUGUGGAUGUUGAGUGCUGCUGAUUCAAAAGUGGAGAAGUGAAACCGUACGCUUUGUGUCUCUUGACACGAAACACAUUCAUGUAUAUUAUUGUCAGCAACAGAGAUGGGCACUCUCGUGGCCGUUAUUGUGGACAGGCUUAUGCUGCAAGAUUAUUUGAACUCCUUGUGAACAGGAUCCUGACAA